UAAAUAUGUGUAAACAAACUUAAACGCUAGAUAUUGAAUACAGAGGGAAUAGUACAAGUUUCAGAUGAUCUAUAUAACCAAUUAAACGUAAAGAUUACAUGAUUUGAACACACAAAAUUCACUCUCCCUUGGAGUGACUAUAGUGGCAAGUUGAACAAGAUGCUAACCGGAAAAGCUAAUUCUAAGUAGAAAGCGGGCCUGGUUUUCAAAUAUUCAUGACCACUACGUUCGUUUGUAAAAUGGGCCGAAUCAGGCCUAUGAUAGAUCCAACUAAUAUAUUCGACCCGACCCGAACUUAAACCCCAACCUUCGUAAAACCACGAAAACGUCGCCGAGUCCGAGAAGAAGCAGAGUCAACAUGGCGGCCAACGGCGCGAGAAGAGCCCUUCAGUCAUCGUCAUCCACGGGGAAAAUACUCUUCCGUCGUUCAUCAGCUUCAUCUUCUGCUCCGAAACUCGGAAAAUCAGGUGGAUUCGCUUUCGCUAACGGAUCAGCAUCUCGCAGGCUCACAUCCUCCAGGAUCCCUGUGGAGCUGAGUGCAGGGAUGUCGCUUAUACCUUUGCAUAGUGUUACCGCUUCAUCCUUGCUCACAUCGUUGCUGUCUCUGAGCAAUCAAAGCUGGGGAUGUCUUUCAGAAGGAUUUGCGACGACACUAUAACAUGGCCUGCAAGUUUUGUACUUCUUGUCAGAUUUCAAGAAGCUUGUUUCAUUUCAUCAGUUUUACCCAAAGGGUUUAAGAUAUCAAAGUAGCGACAGAGACACACAUACCCUUUGCUUUCUUCAAACGGCUUCUUUUUUUGUUCUGUUUAUUUAUACAAUUGUCAUCUUCAAUUUUGAUGAUUUCGUUACCUUUUAACACUUUCCCUUGGAAAUAAACUACUCAUUUUGCUGAUUCGGAUAUUAGUAGUUGUUAAUCUGUGCCCUCAGUUCUGUA